AUGUUUAGCUUAUUCAAACUUGUGGUGACAUUGUUGGUCGCAUUUACUCAGUUGGGGAGUGCUUUGCACUUUUAUUUGGAUACUGCCCAAACCCGUUGUUUCUAUGAAGAAUUACCUGCUAAGACUUUAGUAGUAACUAAGUUAUUGGUCCAUGAAUUGAUUGAAGGAACCAAUCUGUAUGCACCUAAUGAUCAAUUAAGUUUGGUUAUGACUGUCGAUGAAACAUUUGACAACAACCAUAGAGUGGUUUCUCAAAAAUCCACUACAAAUGGGGAUUUCACAUUCACAUCAACUGAUGAAGGUGAACAUAAGUUUUGUUUGACCCCACUCUACAAUGAUGGAUCAAUGGGUAAAAAACAUAGAAUUUACUUUGAUCUUGUUGUUGGUUCUGCCGAUGAAUACGUUGAUUCGAAGAGUUCUAAUAAGGUUGAUCACUUGACUAAACAAAUUCAAAACUUGAACAGAAAACUACAAAACAUCCACAGAGAACAGGAAUCUAUCAGAAACAAAGAAGCAAUCUUUAGAGAUCAAUCUGAGUCCACCAAUGGCCGGGUGUUGAAGUGGACUGUUGUUCAAUUGAUUGUUUUGGUUGGAACUUGUUUCUACCAAUUACGUCAUUUGAAGAGUUUCUUUGUUAAACAAAAGAUUGUUUAA